AUGCCUUUUUUUUUUUUCUUUCCUGGUUCCCCUCAACUGCGCAGCGCAAAGAGCAACUGGCUGACUCCAUCACCAAUUUCGAACAAUACACACCCCUGCAAUCCCGCACAGCCAAACAACACCGACACCAUGGCCGACGACAACAUUUCCAUCUACGACGAGAUCGAAAUCGAGGACAUGACCUUUGACGAGGACAUGCAAAUCUACCACUACCCCUGCCCGUGUGGCGACAAGUUCCAGAUUGCGCUGGCCGACCUGCGCGACGACGAAGACAUUGCCGUGUGCCCCAGCUGCAGCCUCAUGAUCCGCGUCAUCUUUGACAAGGACGACCUCCCGAAGGACCCCGAGGACGACCCUGAGCCGGCCCUUGAGGAGGCUUCCGCCCAGAUCCCCGUUGCCGCCUAA